AUGUCACAAAGUAUCAAAAAGAAAGUCUCUGACAAAAUUGAAAAAACAUAUUCCGGUUUACCAAUACCUCAAGGGUUGGAUGAUCCAUGCUGGAUAUCAUAUGUCGUUGUGGCACUUAGAAAAUUCAGACACAUCUUACAAUACUUUAACUCAGAGACGAUUGAAUCGGUAACAUUCACCAGGUCCAAGAGAAUUUUCAAAAUUGAAGAAAAAGAGGACAAAAAGGAGUAUCUUAAACUACUUGGAGAGUUGUUGUUGGAGUUUUUCAAUGAAUUGGGCAACUUGCAUGCUGUUGAUCAUGUCAGAUCUUUAGCAGGGAAACAAGUGACAAUCCUUGACAUUUUUGACUGGAUAACUGGUGUUGACUACAAAUCAUGUGUUCCAGAGAUUGAAAGAACAGUGGAAAAAUUAUGGAGCAGUAAAUUUCCAACUAGCAGAGAUGAUAUUGUCUCUUUAAUGUAUUCAGAGGAGACACAAGAAUGUGAGUUGAACGAAAUGCACUCGUUCUUCCAUGGUGCACCUAUGUAUAUGGUCAUGACUUAUCAUGUUGUGAAGGACGAGAAGCCAAAGAGGUUACACAGGUAUAUGGACGUUUUGUAUCAUGAGUAUUUGUUGUUUCUUGCAGAUAGCAAAUAUAGAUAUCCAACAUUGAGAGUCAUUUUAAAAAGGAUUGGAUUACAUCACAACUACAUCCCAGAACUUGGUAGAGUCAAGAAUGAGGGGGUAGAAAUUGCAAAAGAAUACUUGCGCAAGUCGUUGAGAAACAAGGUGAUUAAACCAAAUGCUGAACGGAAAGCUUCUGAAAAGAAGAUGAAAAAGAAGUAUAUCAAGGGGAAGAAAGAGUACAAAAAGUACUUGAGGAACAAGAAGACAAAGAAGAACAAGAAAAGAUUAAAUUGA